AUUAGGUAUUUUUUUUUAGCGCCUUUCAUGCAUAACGAAGGGAGCCUUAUUCAUGGAUGACAAAGUAUCGUUGUCAAUCGGCCUUUAAGCUUGUUGAAUUAGAUCGUAAGUUCAAAAUAUUUUGCAAAGAUGGUUGCCGCACCGUCAUCGACCUCGCCGCCGCUCCAGGAGGCUUCACGCAAGUUGCCCUGGAGGGAAUGAAUCGUAAUUAUAUCGGAAAUCGUACGAACAUUGGCAUUAAAAACAAUAUUAGUCGCUUAUAUCGAUUAAAGCCGUUAGUUAUAGCGGUGGAUUCACGACCGAUCGAGCCGAUUGCGAACGAGAUACGUAUCCUACGCUGCAAUGUACUGCAUCACCGCAAGCUUAUUAAGCAGCUAAACCCUCUUCUCAAGUUCAACAAUGAUGAGAUUUGCACUAUUUCCAAUAGCAAUGCAAAUAAUCCCAAUAGUAUUAUGCAUCGUGCGGUGGAUGUGGUACUGCACGACGGUGUUUCUGUGGUAGCAGGUCAGCAUGCCUUUUCCGUUACCUAUGCGCAAAAUCAAAUGGUAUUGAGCGCACUUUUAUUAGCAUGCAAAGCUUUUUCUUUGGCGUUGCCAUCAUUUACAAAUUCCAAGCUCUCCCAUUCCGCGUUUUCGUCCUCUUCGGGAGGGGUUUUCGUUUCGAAACUAAUGCGCUCAAUACAUCUUGAAAAGGUGUUGGCGACAACACGAAGGUUUUUCCGUCAAGUUCAUCUUCACAAGCCUUCUGCAUCCAGGAAAGAAAGUUUAGAAACAUAUCUCAUCGCGGAGGAUUUUAUGUCAGAUAAAUGGGAUGCGUACUUGCAUGAUUUCACGCUUUUUAAAGGUAGUGGUCAACGAAGGCGGUGUAUCUCUAAUCCCUUUAGCCUUCCACCUGAUACAAAAGAUGUUCGAAGGGGAAUGGCAGUGGUGUGGGUUUGUUUAGGAUGCGGGCAAAUGCGUACCUCCUGUGCACCUUGCCCUACCUGCACGGGAAUGUGGUGAAUGCUUUAUUUCUUAAUUGGAUGAAUGAAGGAUUUUCCAUUACUAUUAUUGUGUGAGGGGGAGGACAUCAUUUACUGUGUAAAUGGAGAAGGAAAAAAAAACUUAUGCGACAGUAAAUUUUCCAAACAAACAAACACAAAAUAAUAAAAAA